UGCAGAGACAAAGCAGAGAAGGUUCCUCACACUUUUAUUUGCCACACAGCCACCCUGGAAUUAUGGUUAUUGUGGAGAAGUUGUGAAACAAGAAUGGUGAGCUUUGACCUUGACCUACCUCCUCUACACAGAUCUCACGAAGCCUUGAAGUCGGUGUGGCAGCUGAGCUCGCGGUGCUGGCCCGGUUCGGGCACAGAGGGAGUCCUCUCCUCCUCCAGAGACUGGCUGCGGCGCUUCCUCGUGCUCAAGCUGGUCACCGUGCUGCUCUUUCCCUACGGCGACGAGCUCCCCCUGCUGGUCGGCUGCGUGUUCAGCCUGCGGGCUCUGCAGCUGCUCCGCUCCCCUCACAUCUCCACCAAGCCGUCCGCCGUCUUCCUGCUCCAGCUGGCCCGGACGGACGCACUUGUGCUGCUGCGCUGGCUCAUCCGGCUGGGACUGGCUGUGGGAAUGUGGGCCGAGGAGGAGAAGGAGGCGAGACAGAGCCGGGCCCUGAGCGCGCUCAGCGAGCAGCUGCUGGAAGCCCACCAUCUGGCCUCGCUGCUCCUGCUGGGGCUGCUGGGGCUGGAGGUCACGCUGCUGUCCCACUGGCCGCUGCAGACCCGGAGGUUCAGGACGUCCCAGUGGGCCCGGCUGUGCUGCAGUCUGACGUGGGGGCUGGUGCUGCUGGAGCUCGUGAGUUUGCUGCACGCCAGACUCUUUGAGCAGCAGACGUACCUGUCCACGCUGCCCGUCGUCUCCCUGAGCCUGAGGAAGAUGCUGUGGUUCGUCAAUUCGUGGAUGCAUUACUCCGCUUACAGCUUUAAACCACAGAGAAGGAAGAGCUCGUUUCAUUGAGAGCUUCUGAAAACUCCAUACUGCUCAAACACCGAAUCUUACAAAGUACAAACACUUGAAACAAGACCAAGCUAACUUAUAAUUGAAGUUAUCUUGAUUGGACCCCUGCAAACUUGCUAAGGAACCCCCGCCCAUCAUCCUGUCGAGGGCAAAAAACAAUGACUGCUCUGCCAGUGUUUUUAGCUGUUCAGCAGGCACGUGCAGAGGGGGUGUAGAGGGGGCUUGAGCCCCUGUCCCUUUUACGUUUGAUGCCCCUAGUCCUCUUUUUUAUUUUAUUUUUAGUGUUUUAAAUUAUUAUUAAUCUGUGCAUCAGAAGGCCUGCUUGUGGCCCUCAGCAAUAAUAUUUAUUUAAAUAUAAUAAUUUCGCAAAAAUAAACUAGUCUGGUUGCUUUCAGUCCAAUAAUGACUCAGUUUCUCUUCCUCCAUGUUGUUCAGACUCCGGGUUCACGGUGAGGAGGAGGAUCUGCGCCUCUAACUAUCAAAUUAUGGGAAAGAAUAUUUUUUCAUUCACUGGUUUAAAUAUUGAUAAGGUGAAUUCGUGAGAGGGAGACCAGGUUUACUGGCCUGAGUUUGAAAUCAAUCACUGAUUAUUCGUUGUUUACUGUGAUAUUUUAUGGGUUUAACGUGUCAUGUUCAAUUGAUGACAUCACCUUAGCCCCGCCCA